GACUCGGAGCUGAAAAAGAGUAGUUCCCUACACCGUAUGCUUUCUUCCAUCGCUGCUGAACGGUCGAGAGAGCAGUCUGGAUCUAAUAAUGAAAAAGUUGAUGGGUUUGAGGUACUAUCUGUGAGCAGUUUUUGGACAGAUCUCUUUUCUCGCCACUUCUUAGAGCGUGAGGAUGGCAAAGAUGACAGCCGAGAUGAUAUGUUGUUUUAUGUCAAAAAGAUUGAAAAUGGAAAGGGUAAAGGUCACUUGGUUGACAUAGAGGUGUACAGGAGACAGGACGCAAAGAAGCCAGAACUUACAGACAGUACAGUGAACUGGGAGGAGACAGUUUACUUGAAUAUUAUAUUACAUCAGUUUGAGUACACCGCCACAGUUGCUAUUUGUACAAGAACAAGCCUUAAAGAGCUGCAGAUACUUAAGAAAUUUACACAGAGGGUAUAUCCAUCACCAAGCAAACGCAGGAUGGACAGCAAAGGAACGGAAGAGGAGAUGGCAUAUCCUAACAUUUACUUUGCAGUUGAUAAUUUUGAGGAGAUAUUCAGCGAAAUAAUUGUGCGAGACAGUGAGAUGGUUUGUGUUGAACUAGUGGCAUCAGACAGAGAUGGUACAUUACAGGGGGUUUUGUUCCUGGGAUCAAUACGAUACGAGGCCCUGAGAAAUGUAUACGAUGCUAGGGCUAGCCUGACAUCACGACUUGCACAGAACAUGUCACUAGGCUGGUUCAAGGGUCACAAGAGGGUAGAGUUCAUGCGCAUGAGAGGGCCACAUGGUAAAGGUCACGCAGAGAUGGCGGUCAGCCGAGUGAAAGGGUCAGGGCCAGAGACACCAGAUUUAGAAAACUUCCCUGUAGAAGACUUUGAUGAUCAGAACCAGUAUUCCUCCCGCCGUAUGAGUGAUCCCAGCAAUAGCAUAGGCUCCUAUGUGCGCGGGGGCUUCAGAAGAGCCCUCAGCAUGAAGAAAUCCCGAUCCGAGACAGAAAAUGUUGAAGGUAUAACCAGUAAUGGUUGUACUGAAGUGGAAGCUAAUACAAUACAUGAAGAGCUGGCAUAUGGAGAACAUUAUGAUGGCUUCAUAGGGAAAUCUUUUGGUCAAGCUUGGCACUGGUUCAAAGAACGUCGACGUGCAGGAAGUGUGGCAUUACAUUCCUAUCUUACUUAUGUCACGUUGCCAUGGCAUAGGAUUAUUGCAGAUGUAUUAGAAGUAAAGCAGCAACCAGUUCUGGACUUCAAACCACACAGCUGAAACGAAACAUUCAUUUAGAAGGUUAUAAAGUUCUGCUUAAUUCUGAACUGGACCACAGAUCAUUGACAGGUAAAAUACUCACAAAGGAUUCCCCAGAUUAGUGAAUCUUCAGCGGAGCCAUUCCACUUUCAAACUGCAAGUGCGUCCCUACCAGUUUGGCUGUCUGUCAGUUGGUACAGUUAGCAUUUGCGGCUAGCCUUCACCUGGAUAUUAACCACCUGUUGUAGCUAGGUUAACAUCACAAUGGGCAUAUUUUUGUAUCACAUGAUCACAGAUGAAGAUUAAGACAUUUUGUAGAAUAUCGCUAUGGUUACAGUGUAGAAAACCAAAGAUAACAUGAUUUACUCGUGUAUAAAUCUACACACACACACACACACACUAUCAUUGUAAUUAUGUUUCACAGACUCUAUAUUUACAUAUCACCAUGUAUUCAACAGUGUAUACAACAUCAGCAUAUAUGCACAUGUAUAUGUAAUGAUUUAGUGCUUGUUUCAAAGACAUACAUUGCUCCGGCAUGAUUUCUGGAUUGUUUGUAUGCUGAACCUUUGUUUAUGUAACAUAUGUUGUCUUGAUGGAAUCUGCUUCAUUUCCUCAAAACUGCUACAUAUUCCUCUCAUUGAGCCCGUUCAGAUGUCUCUCCAUUAUGGAAAUGGGUUGUUGUUGUUGUGGCCUUUUAAUAUGCCCUGAUCAGAUAGAAAUUUCAGUUAAUCUAUUACUUAUGAUUUCAACCUCAAGACUUCGAGAGCCAAGAAAUGUUUUCUGGAUACAUGUAUUGUCAUCCUGUAGCAUUGUAUUUUAUAUGUCUACAUUUAUUGUGCAUAUACACUGCGUCUAAUAAUAGAUAAUACCUCAGGCAUAGGUUGCUUAUGGUACCACGGUUCUGAUGUUCAAGUGUACAAAUGUGUGAGCAUUUAAGCAUAUUGAAGUCUUCUUGGCAUAUUUAAUUUUCUCUCUGAUGGUGGUCAGUUUACUACUUCAGUUGAUGCUCUGCUUGCCAAAAUGAUUUUGUCUACCAUUAUUAAAUUAGGCAAGGUUUUUGCACAGUACAAGGGAAAGGACGUGCUGAAUUUCUCCACACAAUAGAUCAGAGCACCUGCCAAAAUACAGGUAAGGCUGUCAGUCCACUGUGUAAAUAUAUAUUUGCAUUAGAUGUAUCCAAUGAUGCAAUAUCAGUAUAGCCUGUAUAGCCUACUUGCUAACAGUGCCUGUUUUACAAUGCUUUACAGUUUUAAUGUGAUAUUUGCAUAGUUUAUUAUUACAUGUGAUGUUGCAGGAGUUAAAAUUGUUAGAAGAGACUGAGUUCAAUUUGCCCAAUGUUGUGAGUGGUGAAUGAGUCUUGUGUGUUGAAUUGUUUCAGAGUGUUUUAGACUACAGAUCAUUCCUGUAAAUAAUGUGCAUUUGAAACUGUACAUAUUUGAAGUGUUACAGUCAACAGUAUAAAGUUUUUUGGGUUCACAUGAAUCCUGGCUUAAGCUGAUAAUCAAAUUUAUAUCAGUAAAUAUAUUAUUUGUCAUGGCAUGGUUUUAGCCAAAAUAAUUUAUAUCGUACCAAAAGUUUUGUGAUCUUUGUUGUAUGAUCUAACUUUUUCCAUAAGUUUAUGGAUACAAUAACUUAAAUAGUUAAUUUUUGGUUGUUUUUUUCUUCUCUGUGUUAACUGAGUUUUAUCGUUAUAACAGGUUUACAGUGGUGACCAGCAUUGUUUUCUACUUAUCUAGUUGUCCGUUUGAUGACACCGAUUGGGUUAGGUGGAAUCAUUUAGUCAUGAUGGCUGUUGAGAAAGUAGUGAACUCUUGUGCAAAUAUAUCCCUGUUUGAAUCCACAAAUCCACUACAAACUCGCAACUGUUGCAAACUUUGUACGAAGAUCAAAGGCAGCAUUUGUCAUAAAAAUGUUCUGGGAGAACCCUUUGUUCUCUAUACAUGGGUGAAAAUAGAAUCAGCUCUGAGCCAUGCACAAAAUAGUAAUACAUGUACUACUAUAGUUGGCUUCAUAAAGAACCUGUCUCUCCUAAAGCGAUGCAGGCUAAACCUGUGUAGUCUGUUGUUCAUUCCUGAUGAUAGCCAUUUCAGUUUGGACCAGUGGUGGCAUUGUGUGGCAAAUUCGCAGUUUGAUUUACACCUCUCCCGCGGUGUCUUUUUACAAGUGAAGUUGUGUAUUCAUAUUCAUUCAAGUCUUACCGUGAAGUAUUGUGUAGUUUAAAGGAGGAGUGUUUUCUAAUUGUUAUGAGGUGGACAACUCCAUUUAUCUGUUUCUAUCAUUUCUACACAAUUUAGGACUUUAUAUUUACAUGUAUGAUUUAAUAGUUCAUGGCAGAACAGCUGUAUGUAUGAGGGUAAUUUUUUUAUGUAUGAAUUUGAAAUGUAUAGACACGAUGCUUAUUGGCACAGAACUUUU